AUGCGUCUAACCUUGAUGCGAAUCGGCGCACUCCGGGUUCCAUCCGACGACUGUCGUCCAAACAGACGGGCUGAAGGGCUCGCUUCAGGUGUAACAGUGAAAGCGACACUGGUUGUAAGGUUUAUGCGCGUAUCGUGUAUAAACGUAACGCGGCGCGGGCGUCGGCGUCGUGCCGGACGGCAGGCGCAUCGGCGCGCCGCCACCGGCGGUGAGGUCGCGGGGCUGCGGCGCGGUGGCCGCGCUACAUGUCACUGUGCGGCGAGCGCGCUCUUCGCGCCGUGGUCACCGACUCUCAGUGGCGUCGCCGUCCUACUGUCUGCCCGACGGCCGGGACGGCGGCGCGCGUUGCACCGCCCCGCUGCACCGCCUGCCCCCCAGGCGCUAUGCCCCCCUCGCUCGACCCCCCUCCUCCCGUCGUGCUACACCCGCCCCGCCCCGAAGAAUUUUCCGCAUCGGGCGGGAAAAAUCGAUUGUGCAGCGAGCCCCGAAUAA